UAUAAGGUCCGGUUGCUCUCCAAGUCCAUCAAAACAGCAGCAGCAUCAAGAGAGAGAGAGAGAGAGAAAAUGCUACGCAAGCUCAUCGUGUUCAGCCUUUUGGUUGCGGGAGGCUUUGCCGCCCUAAACCUUGAUAAAGCUAGAGAUGAAAUGGUAGCGCGCGUGUCCAAACUGAGACGCAGAAGAUCUGUGACCAAUAUCGACUCAGUGGGUCUACGAGGCGCUGCUAACAGAUUCGCUGGAGCCCUGGGAAUGGACCUUUCCUCUUCACCAAACUACAGACCUGCAGUUGUGGCAGGGACCAGCUGGGCAGACGCAUGUAUCUAUGGAAGCAACCCUCGGCCGUGGCCAUACCCGAGGCCAUACCCUAGGCCAUACCCUACACUUGUAUUGCCAACCAUCAGACCCCCAUUUCCAUGGGAUCCUAGAAUGCGAAUGCUGGGGUCUGGAGGUCCCUCAGUUCUCUCGGGCCCAAUAGGAGCCUUGAGCAAGCGCGAGAUCAAGCCCAAGCGGAAAAUAAACCGCGAUAUCGUGUUUGUGUUGGACACGUCAGGCAGCAUAUCCACUGAGGCCUUCGAGCGCGCCAAAGAAGGCGUGGCAAUUCUAACCAGCUCCUUCUGUCCUACCACAAUGGGCAGUGGCCAGGACGGAGAGAAACAGAUAGCCUUGGUGCUGUUCGGAGACGAGGUCGAGACGGCGAUCCCAUUCACCGAGAGUCACGCUGGCGUUGACCAACUGAACCGUAAAAUCAUUGCCUUGCGUCAUCGCCAAGGGUCCGCCACCGCCACGGCCGAGGCACUGCGUCACACUAGGACCAAUGUUCUUGGCAAAGGAGUCAGCCGCCUUAACAACCCGGACACUGCCACUCACGUCUUCGUCAUCACCGACGGCCGUUGUAACAGAGGAUGCAGUCAGCUGGCAGAAGAGGCCGAUAAACUGAGGGCAAUGAAAGGGGUACAGCUCUUUGCUAUGGGCAUUGACAAUGCUCGCGCCUGCGAACUCGAGAUCAUCACUGGGCAAGGGUCUGACCUGGCGUAUGGUCUUAACGACUUCAACCAGUUCGAGCAAUUCGCACAGGCAGUCCAGGAGAAGGCGUCCCAGGAGCCAAACAAAUGCGUUUGAAGAAUGUGCCGGAUGGCACAGCUAACACAUUCAUGCUCUGCACUGGCGCUCUUUGAAAGCUUAGUUGACUGACUCUCACAUGUUCACAACUAACGCAUUUAUUACACUGUGCCUUUCUUUCUAUAUAAUAUGCCAAGCUUGAAUGAAAUGGUGUUAAUUCCAGCAACAUAUGCUAAGUACUGCAAUAAAUUGUAUGCUUAUUAUGCCCGUUUUGUUGACGUUCCACCAACUGAAGAGGCCAACCUUAGAUCAAUGUAAUCCGCCCCUUCACUAACGCAAGGCGUGUUGGGUUCUUACAUCUACAGCGGGAUUUUUUAUGUAAGAAGUUAAUUCUAGGGGCUUUAAUCUGACUCAAAGUCUUGGUAUUGGUUCGAGUUAUUCCCGGAGAGAAACACAUCAACUUCGUUUUCAAAACCAAAAAUAAAUUUAUUACCUGGACAUUGCCUGGUUUUAUAUAAGAAAUCGCAAAAUUGCAAACCAAGUAUAGAAUAUAAUUUUUAUUCAACUAUUAUGUUCAAUUUUGAACAGUUACAUUCAAUUUCAAAAGGACUUUAAUUUAGUCAUCAUUAAUGAAUUAUGUAAACGCAAUGGAUUAAUAAAUUGUAGUAUUAUU